AUGCCGUCGGAUAUCCGGAAUUUCUUUGGCGGGAAGCCAGAUGGGGCCUUCAGCUCUCCGGCCAAGCCUGCCACCAAAGCAGAGGACUCCUCUACCGCCAGGAAAAAGCGUAGCAGAAAGGUGAUCGAGGACAGCGACGAAGAUGACGUGACACCCGCGAAAGCACCCACUCCGAAAGCGAAGUCCAAGAGUCAACCGAAACCCAAAGAGCCCGAAGGAGAACCCACCACUACGUCUGACUACUUUGCCUCUAGCAAGAAGAAAAAGUCGGCCAAACCCGAACAGACUCAAUCCAACAGUGCCAAUGAUAGUAAGGUCGAGCCUCCAAAAGCUAUGAAGACCGCCGAAUCACGCAACGCCGGCAAGCAAUCCCGGACUACCAUCGAUGAUGAGAAACUUGGCGGUGAUGACAUUUUUGCAAGCGAACACGGCAAGGCCGGCAAGGGAGACGAUGACUAUGUGGCUGCGGAUGACGACGACGACGACUUCGAGAUAUUGGAGGCGAAGCCGGCAAAGGCAGCCCCCAAGAAACCGGCAAAGAAGAAGCCCGCUCACGGCGAAGAGGACGACGUGGUCAUGGAAGAUCUGCCCAAGAUUGCGUCGAAAGCAUCAAAACCGGGCCGAAAGCGCAAAUCAGAAGCUCUCAUCGACGAGGACGAAGAUGACGACUACCAGGACACCAAAAAGUCGACCUCCAAGUCCAAGGCAACAGCGUCUCCCGCCGCAAAGCGAUCAAAGAAGGCCACUCCCAAAACGCAGGAACGAACGGAAAGUAAAGAGAUUCAAGAUAUCUUUGACAGCAUUCCUAUGGUCGAAGCGCCAUCACCACCCCCCAAAACCGGUGAGACCAAGAAGUUUCAGUUUGGAGCACAGCGAUCGCGAACUCCGCCGGCAUCUGGAACAAAGGAGAUGCCAGUUGGGGCAGAAAAUUGUCUCGCAGGCUUGUCGUUCGUUUUCACUGGCAUUCUGGAAACGCUCGGUCGGGAAGAAGGCCAGGAGCUUGUCAAACGGUAUGGAGGCAAGGUGACGGGUGCCCCCAGCUCUAAAACUAGCUAUGUCGUCCUUGGAGGCGAUGCUGGCCCAAAGAAGCUGGAGACCAUCGCGAAGCACAAAAUCAAGACCAUCAGCGAGGACGGCCUCUUCGAGUUGAUUAGGCGCCUACCGGCAAACGGCGGUGAUGGACAGGCUGCAGAGAAGUACGCUGUCAAGAAAAAGGCCGACGAGGAGAAAGUCCGAGCAUUGGCGGCUGAAAUUGAUGCCGAGGAGAUGAAGCGUGCUAUGGAAGAAAGGAAGCGAAAGGAUGCCAUGACUGCCAAAGCAGGCGCCCCGGCUCCUGCUGGCCCGCUGCCCAGCUCACAGGCUAAGCCGGCAGUCGAUGAUCGGCUCUGGACGACAAAGUAUGCCCCCACCUCGCUCAAUAUGAUAUGUGGCAAUAAGGCUGCCGUGGAGAAGAUCCAGAACUGGCUGCGUAAUUGGCAUACAAAUGCCAAGCGCAAAUUCAAGACCCCAGGCAAAGAUGGAUCGGGAGUCUACCGUGCCAUCAUGAUCCAUGGUCCUCCAGGAAUCGGUAAAACUACGGCUGCUCAUUUGGUGGCGAAGCUGGAAGGGUUUGACGUUGUGGAAUCCAAUGCGAGUGACACCAGAAGCAAGAAACUUGUUGAAAAUAGUCUUACCGACGUACUUGAUACAACAUCCCUGCAGGGAUAUUUUGCCGGAGCGGGCAAGAAGGUCGAGAGCGAGAAAAAGAACCUCGUCCUGGUCAUGGAUGAAGUCGAUGGCAUGUCUGCUGGUGACCGUGGAGGUGUCGGAGCUUUGGCUGCCGUCGCCAAAAAGACGCAUAUUCCGCUUAUCCUCAUCUGCAACGAGCGCCGACUUCCCAAAAUGAAGCCUUUCGACUUCGUCACCUACGAUAUUCCGUUCAGACGCCCCACCGCCGAGCAAAUUCGUGCUCGUCUGUCGACUAUCUGCUUCCGAGAAGGCCUGAAAAUUCCACCUCCUGUACUCGAUGGUCUUAUUGAGGGCACCCAUGCCGACAUCCGGCAAGUGAUCAACAUGCUGUCCACCGCAAGGUUGGACCAGAAGAGUAUGGACUUUGACAAGGGCAAGCAAAUGUCCAAGGCGUGGGAGAAACACGUCAUCCUCAAACCCUGGGACAUUGUCAGCAAGAUUCUCAACGCCCAGAUGUUCUCACCAAACUCCAAUCUUACACUGAACGACAAGACUGAAUUGUAUUUCAACGACCAUGAGUUCAGUUAUCUGAUGCUGCAGGAGAACUACUUGAAGACCCGACCCACCCUUGCUUCAAAUUAUCACGGCAGGGAACAGAAACUGAAGCUUCUGGAACUGGCGGAUAAUGCGGCUUCGAGCAUCAGUGACGGUGAUCUUGUCGACCGGAUGAUUCAUGGUACUCAGCAGCAAUGGAGUCUCAUGCCUACUCAUGCUAUUUUCAGUUUUGUGCGGCCGGCCAGUUUCAUCCAUGGCAAUCUGUCUGAUCGGCCCGGGUUCACCAGCUGGUUGGGACAAAAUAGCAAGCACGGGAAAUUGUCGCGUUUUGUUAAAGAAAUCCAAGGGCAUAUGCGUCUCCGAACUACAGGCAACCGGGAUGAGAUCCGUCAACAGUACCUGCCAUUGGUGUGGGAUAAAUCUGUUCGGCGACUGAGAGAUGAAGGUAAGGAGAGUGUCGAGAGUGUGAUUGACUUCAUGGACCAAUAUUACCUUACCCGUGACGAUUUCGACGCCAUGAUCGAGUUAGGGCUGGGGCCAAUGGAUGAGUCAACGGUCAAGUUGGAAACGCAGACCAAAGCUACUUUCACGCGUCUGUACAAUGGGCGCUCACACCCGAUGCCGUUCAUGAAGGCUAGCAGCGUUGUUGCGCCAAAGAAGGGACCCAAGGAAAAGCCGGAUAUCGAAGAUGCUAUUGAAGAAUCCGAUGAAGAAGAGGUUGUCGAAGAAAUCAAGGAUGAAGACGAGGAGCUUGAUCUGAAGAAGGACAAGUAUGUGAGCCAGCCCAAGAAGAAAAAGGCCGCUGCCCCCAAAGGGAAGAAGGCGAAGAAGACGGACGACGAUGUCGUCGAUGACAGCGAGGAGAAGCCCAAGAAGGGCCGCAAGGGCAAAGGCAAGGCCAAGGCGUGA